AUGAUUAGAUCUAUUCACGCCGCGCAGAGGCUUGAUUCGAGAGGAUGUCCUACUGUUCAAGUUGAGCUCACAACUGAGAAAGGUGAGAAGCUCCUAAGCUAUCUGUCGCAAAUGGACUUGCCUCACACAAAAACAGGAACUUUUCGCGCGUUAGUUCCUUCUGGUGCCUCGACGGGUGCAAAUGAAGCCGUCGAACUGAGAGAUGGAGAUGAGUGUGCCUAUGGCGGUCGAGGCGUACAGGGAGCUAUUUCAAACAUCCAAAACGUCAUCGGUCCCAACCUGCUUGAGAGCGACUUCAGGGUGGAUACCGAUCAGAAGAAGAUUGAUCAGUUCCUUAAGAACUUGGACGGGACGAAAAACAAAGAAAGGCUUGGAGCAAAUGCUAUCCUGGGCGUGAGUAUGGCAUGUGCCAGAGCCGGCGCAGCACAUUCGGGGAUCCCUUUAUACGAAUUUCUCAGACGUGAGGCCGGAGCGAAGAAACCAUUUGUCAUGCCGGUUCCAUUCUUCAAUGUUCUCAAUGGUGGGGUACAUUCAGGAAACGAAAUGGCAUUUCAGGAAACCAUGAUUGCCCCGGUCGGUGCCUCUUCAAUUACAGAAGCCGUAAGAAUGGGCAGUGAAGUCUAUCAGCAUCUGAAAAAGGUCAUUACUGAGAAGUUUGGAUCUUCUGGUCAGCCAAUCUCAAAGUAUCUACGAAGUUCGCAAGCGCAAAAGCUAACAUUCAAAAAACAAGCCAUUGGCAUUGGAGAUGAAGGAGGCUUUGCUCCGCCAAUUUCGGAGCCUCACGAGGCAUUAGACCUCUUAGUACAGGCUGUGUCGAACUCAGGACUCAGCGGCAAGAUCAAGUUUGCCAUUGACCCCGCGUCCAGUGAGUUCUUCCGAGAGGGCAAAUACGACAUCGGAUUUAAAAGCACUACGAAUUUGAAAACAGCGAAGGAAAUGAUUGGCUUGUAUCAAUCUUUACUGGAAGAGUACCCCAUCGUUCUACUCGAGGACCCUUUCGCCGAGAAUGACUGGGAUAGUUGGUCGGAGUUCAACAAAGCGUGCCCAGUUGAACUGGUUGGUGAUGAUCUACUCGUCACUAAUCCGGAAUAUGUGCAAAUAGCAAGACAAAAAGACGCCUGCAAUGCUAUGCUGUUGAAGAUAAACCAAAUUGGGACUAUUUCGGAAGCAAUUGAAGCAGCAAACCUCGCUUACAGCUACAACUGGAGUGUAUUUGUUUCUCAUCGCUCUGGCGAAACGACUGAUGACUUUAUUGCAGAUCUGGCGGUAGGAUUGGGGACAGGUCAUCUAAAGUCUGGCGCGCCCUGUCGCGGGGAACGAGUUGUUAAAUACAAUCGGCUCAUGGACAUCGAAGCUGAGAUUUUGGCAGAUGGUGAGAAAUGCCUAUUUGCUGGCUCCAAAUUCAAGAACGCAAGCAGAUUUUAG